CUUCCAGGCAGCUAAAAGCCUCCGGACUAAGAGGUGUUCCCCACUCAGCAGCCAGACUCCUUGAAAUACCCUUUCAUUCUACCAACGCCUCCAUGUCUCUUCUCUGUCAUAACAAAGGCUGCGGGCAGCACUUUGACCCCAAAACCAACCUUCCUGAUUCCUGUUGCCAUCACCCCGGGGUCCCAGUCUUCCAUGAUGCACUUAAGGGUUGGUCCUGCUGCCGGAAGCGAACUGUAGAUUUCUCUGAGUUCUUAAACAUUAAGGGCUGUACUGUGGGACCACACUGUCCUGAGAAGCUCUCUGAGGCCCCUCAACCUGAGGGCCCUGCCACAAGCAGCUCACUUCAGGAGCAAAACCCUCCGAAUAUGAUUCCAAAGUCAGCAGAGACUUUGCGCCGAGAGAGGCCCAAGUCAGAGUUGCCUCCAAAACUGCUUCCACUAAAUAUAUCCCAAGCCCUGGAAAUGGCACUGGAACAGAAGGAAUUAGACCAAGAACCCGGAGCAGGACUUGACAGUAGCCUGAUCCGGACUGGUGCCAGCUGCCAGAAUCCAGGAUGUGAUGCUGUUUACCAAGGCCCAGAGAGUGAUGCUACUCCAUGUACCUACCACCCAGGAGCACCUCGAUUCCAUGAGGGGAUGAAGUCUUGGAGCUGUUGUGGCAUCCAGACCCUGGAUUUCGGAGCAUUCCUGGCACAGCCAGGAUGCAGAGUUGGUAGACAUGACUGGGGGAAGCAUCUGCCAGCAUCUUGCCGUCAUGAUUGGCACCAGACAGAUUCCUUAGUAGUGGUGACUGUAUAUGGCCAGAUUCCACUUCCUGCUUUCAACUGGGUGAAGGCCAGUCAAACUGAGCUUCACGUCCACAUUGUCUUUGAUGGUAACCGUGUGUUCCAAGCACAGAUGAAGCUCUGGGGGGGGACCAGCAACUACUCAGAAUUCCUGGAGAGGAUGGAGGUAUGAGUUUGAAAUGAUGGCAAAGCAUACAAAUGGAAAUACUGGCAGGCAGUUAAUUGUCAAUGCAAAACUGGAGUUCAUGAGACAAGUCGGCACUGAAGAUAGAUUUGAGUAUUAUCUGCAUCAAUCUGACACUUAAACAUUCAACUUAUUGGUAUGAUUUUCCUUCAUCUUUAAGAAACAAAAAACUUGCAGAAGUGAAUGAAAUGGAAAAUACAAUAUUUUGAACCCUUAAAUUUGUUCUUCAGAGAAAAUCACUGUUAGCUGUUUGGUGUGUAUCCUUACAGACGUUUUCUAUGCAUUUACAAACAGAGAUAGGCAUAUAACAUGUAGAGACACUAAGUUUGAGCAGAUACCUACAUACAUAUGGAGAAGUUUGUUUUUUCUUUUUGGCCAAUUUGGAAUCAUUCUAUAAUAUUUUUCUAUAACUUACUUAAUCAUUAAGCAUAUGACUUUACUGAAGAUAAAGUCCUUGAAGAUAUUUCCAUGUCAAUGUAUAUAGAUCUCUGACGUUCUUGCUUGUGCUGCAUAGUACUUUAUUGUAUGGAUAUGCCAUGAUUUAUUUAUCUAUUUCCUUAUUGGUGGGCAGUUAGGUUGUUUCCAAUUUUCUGUUAUUACAAAUUAUGCAGCAAUGAAAAUCAUUGUACAGGUAUCUUUGAAUAUUUGUGCUAAUAUUUCUUGAGGAUAGAUUCCUAGAAGUGGGAUUGCUGGGAAGAAGGUAUAUACAUCCUUAUACAUCUAAAAUGUUAAUAGAUAUUGCUCAAUUUCCCGCCACAAAGGCUGUUUCAAUUUUACAUGGCCACCCAACAGGGUAUGAGGUACCAGUUUCCCCAAUACACUCAUCAAUACUUUAUGUUAUCAAUUAAAAAAUAAUUUUUACCAACCAGAUGUGCAAAUAAUGGUAUCUCGUUUUUAUCUUGUAUUUCCUCUGGUUACAGGAAAGGGUAAGCAUAUUUUUACUUAAUACAGUGGUCCCCCUUAUCCAUGGUUUCACUGUCCACGGUUUCAGUUUCCCUUUGUCCAGCUUAUCCAUGCUGUAUACACUACCCCCCCAUUGGUCACUAGUAGCUAUCCUGGAGGUUAUCAGACCAACUGUCUCAGUGUCGCAGUGCUCGUGUCCAAGUAAGCCUUUUGCUUAAUAAUGGCCCCAAAGUGCAAGAGUAGAUGCUGACAAUUCAGAUAUUUUCUUACUGUGCCUAAUUUAUAAAUUAAACUUUAUCAUAGAUAUGUAUGUAUAGGAAAAAAGCAUAGUAUAUGUAUAUAGGGUUUGUUUGGUACUAUCCGUGAUUUCAGGCAUCCACUAGGGGUCUCGGAAAAUAUUCCCUGCGGAUAAGGGGUGAUGACUAUAUUCAUGUACAGAAUUUCAGUUAAACUCUGUCUUCAGCCCCAUAUGUCAUGCCGAUCUUCUGCUGUACCUGAUGUCUUGGAUCUUGGAGCCUUUCCAUGGUUUUAUUGGUAAAAUGUCACCUUCUCAUCUGUAUCCUUCUCUGUACUAUACCAAAAUUUCUUCCCAACUACUAUUUCAGUUACCAUUUCUCAAAUGGCUUUCCUGCAUCUAGAGAACCCCCAGAACUUUUUGUCCUUUGGGGUUUGUACAUAUUUUAUAUAUUAUUUUAGUAUACUUUUAGUAGUGCCUCAGAAGGGAUUUGAAAUGCUAUGUUUGUCAUAUACUAAAUUCUCACAUGUAACUGCCUCUCUGUUCAGUUCUAUUGAUAUAUUUAUCUAUUCUUGAAACAUAUCACAGCUUUAUAUAAUAACUUGAUAAUCUAUUAAAUAAGUCUUCCUUCAUUUCUAUCUUUUAAGUUUUUUUGGCUCUUUUUAUAUGUCCUUCCAGGUGAACUUCAGAACCAAUUUAUUUAGUACUCCUACCCUUUCCUCCCAAAUCCUAAUGAGAUUAUUAUAGGAAUUUAUACUUAUUUGAACAUUUGUUUUCAAUUAUGAAUCUUCUUAUUCAGAAAUAUUGUACAUCUAUCCAUUUGUCAAAUCUUCAUACUUACAGUCUUCAGUAGUGUUUUGUAAUUUUAUUCAUGUAAAUAUUUUGUAUGGUUCUUGUUAGGUUUAUUCCUAUAAUUUAUUUUCACUGCUGUGAAUGGGACUUUUUUCUCCCGUUCUGUGUUCUAAUUGGAUACUGUUUUUAUAGAGAGAAG